UUCAAAAAUUUUUAAUUUUUCACAAAUUAUCAAUGUAUAUUAACAAAAUAAUUUUUUUGUCAAGUAUACUACACUUUGCUUUAACAUGGACAGAUAAAAUCAAUAUUUUCAAUCAACAUAGAAAUGAAAAACGAUUUGAUUCAAAUAUUCGCUCAUUCAAUUGUGCACCAAACAGCACAUUCAAUACAUUUGCAAUAAAAAAUCAAAAAUUACAGUUUUCACAAUGGCCACCACUACAAACAUUUGAAAAAUAUUCCUUCCCACUUAUUUCAUCAUUCCAACCAACAUCAAUUCCACUAAAAGAACAAUGUUCUCCUUUAACCAUUUUACCACCUACUUCAUCAUCAUCAUCAUUAUCAAAACUGUUUUCUACAACUAUACUUCCAGGACCGUCAUCUCAUCUUACUUCAACCACAAUAAGCACACCUCCACUAACUUUACUACAACCGGAAUCUCAGCAAUUACCAUCUUCAACGACUCCAUUAUCUCCAUCUUUACCAAAACUGCCAUCUAAUCAAUCAUCACCAACGAUUCCAUCGCCACCGCCACCACCACCAUUACCCAAACUACCAUCUAAUCAAUCAUCGCCAACGAUUCCAUCACCACCGCCACCGCCACCACCACCAUUACCCAAACUACCAUCUAAUCAAUCAUCACAAACGAUUCCACUACCACAUCCGACUCCAUCAAAAUUGAAAAAUUCUUCUUCGACAGAUCAAUUUCUCCAAUCAAAACAGUUACAAUCACAACAGUCUUUCAAAUCAAAACAAUCAACGGAAUCAUCACAUUCAUCUCCUUUAAUUUUAUCACAACCUCAGACCUCAUUAUCAACAACACCAUCACUUUUACAUGAAAAACCUUAUUCGUCAGUGUCACCUAAUCAACUAAACACAAUAUCAACACAGCCUCCUACUUUAAAUUAUGAACAUAACUCCUCAUCAAUGUUACAAAAUUCAAAAAGUGCUUCAGCUGGAAUAAUAAAUACACCAAAAAAUAAAAUGAAAUUAAUUCAUUGGAAUAAGAUUAAAAGUCAAAACUUAGAAAAAUCAUUAUGGUCAUCCAUAACCCCACCAGAUAUAUCUUUUGAUCAAAAUCAAAUUGAAGAACUAUUUAUUCAAAAACCUAAGUUACCUCCUAAGAUUAUUUUGAACAGUGGAAAACCUAAGGUUUUAGUUCAGAAUAUACUGGAUAAUAAAAGAAGUUUGGCAAUUAAUAUAAUGCUUAAACAAUUGAAAUUAGAAACCGAUAAAUUUAUUAAUGAUCUUGAGAAUGAAAAUUAUAUUCCUAUUGAAAAGUUAGAAAUAAUUCAAAAAAUUUUACCCAUUCAUGAUGAUGUUAUAGCAAUAAAAAAAUAUCGUGGUGAUCCAAAAAAUUAUGGUGCAGCAGAAAAGUUUUGUUUGGCUUUAAAUGAGAUACCAUGUUAUGAAGAAAAAAUUAAAUUAAUGAUUUUAAAAGAGGAAUUACCAUCAAUGCUUAAUGAAAUGCAUUCUCUAUUGCGACAUAUUCAAAGAAUGUGUCAUGAUAUUAUUAAAGAUGAUUCAUUCAAGGAAUUUUUAUCAGUCGUAUUAUUUAUUGGUAACCACAUAAAUGCAGGAACUUAUGCUGGUAACGCAAGAAGUUUUACAUUAAAUUCAUUGUCAAAAUUAUAUGAUAUACGGACAAAUAAGCCAAGGAUAACGUUCCUCCACUUUGUUAUAGAAGUAGCUCAAGAAUACAAAGAUGAUAUAUUAAGCUUUACAAAGUACUCUUCGAGUCUCGGAAUGUUAUCAAAAAUGUCUAUAGUUAGAUUAGAAGAGGAAGUGAAUACAAGCAAUAAACAAAUAAAAUCAUUAUUAUCUAAAUAUGAAACUAAAGCAUGCACUAAUAACAUAUCGGAAUCCUUAAAAAAAUUCCUUGAACAGUCUGUCAUUGAUGUUGAAGAACUAAACGACCAUUAUAAAAUAGCCAUCGUUGACAUUCAAAAAGUAGCUAUUUAUUUCGGCGAAGAUUUAACAAAAUUUAAAAUUGAAGAAUGUUUUGGAUUACUUGGUAAUUUUUUUACACAAAUCAAAGAUAUCAUCAAAGAAAGUGAAAGAAAACAAGAAAAAGAUAAAAAAAAAAAUAUCACUAAAUAAAACAAUCCAAUCUAUUAUAAAUUUAAAAAAGAAAGGAACAACAAUAAUACUCAGAAAAACAAAAUUUAUGUAUAAUGAUGUUAACCAGUCAUAACUUUUUUCGUAGGUAAAUUAUAUUUUAUUUUUAAUCAGGUAAAAUUUAAUAGUUUCUGAAUUUUUUAAAUAAUUUUAAGAAUGGUAU